CAUCAUUGCCUAGUAGCAUCCGUAUAUAGCACUUUAAAAAACUUGUGGUUACAUUUGAAUAUCAGAGAGCAGUUGAAUCACUAGUAGCUUAAGUUUGUUUUCGUUUCAGGCACACAAAGACAUAGCGAUGUACGGGAUGUGCUGGAGAGAAUAAAGACAAGUCGUAUAACGCUUGCUGUCAACGUUCUUCAGCUGGCGACCGGUUUUUCGAUAGCAGCAGCGCGGGACGGUUAUGCCGGGGCCAGAUAUUGCCAUACUUUUGAUUGUUGUUGGUAUAUUGUUGGAGAUGAUCACAAGGGCAUCACCAGCCCAUAUAGACAUAAACUUAAACAUUAAGUCACAACUCGAGGAUCAGAUGAGACUAGAGAUUAUAAAAACACAAAUUUUGGGAAAGCUUGGACUGGAACAUAAACCUAAUGUGACUCGAGAUAUACCACAAGUUGUCUACGACAAAGUUGUCAAUAAAUUCAGAUCCAAAUUACAAAACCAUCCAAAGGCAAAGGAAGUGUCCAACUACUACGCCAAACCAAAAGAAAUUAUUAGCUUCGCAGAACCUGCAACAGAUAAUAGCGAUCCUUAUUCUAUGCAGUUCAUUGUCAAAAGCCAAAGCCCUGAGGGAUCUAUAAAUGUGACAAAUGCUGUCCUCUGGGUGUUAAUGCAGUGUAAGAGACAUAAAUGUCCAAGACAGAGACUUAAUCUAAAAGUAUACGCUAAGGGAAAAAAUGGGAAAUAUGACAGCCAUAUAAAAUCCACAAGAGUAAAACUAAGCCAUACAUCGUGGAAGAAGAUACGGUUGCCAUUGGACAAUGUGCAAGAAAUGUUUGAUUCUAAGAAAAAUAUAUUACAAUACGUAGUCAAAUGUGAAAAUUGCAGUAAUGAUGUCCAACCAUUGUAUUUGAGAAAAAACAAAAACAUGUUAAAUAAACAUAAGUCAUCCAGGCUUGCUAAGAGAAGGCCUUUUCUUGUUCUACACACAAAAGUUAAACCCAGUCUAGAUUCUCGGAAGAAACGACGAACAGCCAUAUGUGACCCUGGAGCAACAGGUCAACAAUGCUGCAAACGAUUCCAUUAUAUUAGUUUUGCAGAAAUCGGAUGGGAUGAUUGGAUUUUAAGUCCAAAGGGAUAUUAUGCAAAUUUUUGUGAUGGGUCUUGCCCCACAAGUACGAGGCCAGAAAAACUGAACUCGUAUCAUGCUAUCGUAAUAAAUGGAUUCAGACAAGUAAAACCAAGGUCUGCAAUUCAACAAUGCUGUACACCUAAGAAAUUACGAUCUCUAUCACUUGUCUACUUGGAUGACAGCUCUAACAUCAUCGCUAGUGACCUUUCAGAAAUGAUAGUCGAUGAAUGUGGAUGUUCGUAAAUGAUAUAGUCGCGCAUGAAUGUACAAACACGAUUCAUAAGCGUUAUGGUUUCGUAACGUGCAUCUUCGAUGAGGCAUCACAUUGCAAAAGAGGGAUAAACUGCCAAAUCCACUCGAUCCAUCCAAGCAGAAUGUUCGUAUUUGGUUCGCUAACCAAAGGAACUGUUUGAAUGUUUGAAUCUCAGUUGAAUGUGUUAAUGAAAAAGAUCUGCUAAACAAAAACAUUUGGGGAGUCUACGUGUAUUAUAAUAGCCUAGUUUAAUUUCACGUGUCCACUUUUGCCCAGCAAUAAUAUAAUUAUCAAUACAUUACAAUCCUAAACGAUAUAUCAUACAACAUACAAUACAUCCUUCGCACAACACCGUGGGGAAGAAUAGCAAAGAUUAUAUAACAUCAUUGAAUAAAAUGGACACAAACUUGUUUUAAAUCUACAUCAAGGGAAUCACAUCUUUGAAAAAUUAUGUCACAUUGAAACCCAAAAGUGACAUGAUUUCCCACUUUUCUUUGAUUUAUGGUGAAUUACAGAAGCACAUUGAACAAAAAUAACUUCAUAUAAACUAUUUUUAGUUUCUUACAUGCAUGGGAUAGAGUGUCGAUUCGUUUUUAUCAUGCAAGGGGCAAUAUGAACAAUAAUGAGUAUGUUGACUAUACGGCAACAUCUAGGUUGGAUCAAACAUGUUGUUAUUUUCAACUCUUACAUCAAGGUGGCGUCUAGAGCCCCUUCUUAUCUCUUUUUACUCUUGUGAGCGUGAACACCUUGGGAGUUCGACUUGCUAAAUGUACGAUACACGGAAA